AAUACACACACACCGGUGUUAGCAAGAGACUGUCAAAGUGGGUCCGUGUGAUUAACUUCAGCCUUUCUGUCGUCGGCUCUUUUCUAUUCAGAUAAUCGAGCUUAUUAGUUAACUGACAUCAUCAUUAACAGUGAGAGAUGGCGGUUGAACAAUUUGUGUCAAAGACACUCGAGCUUCUCCAGGAGGAAAGGGAGGCUGAGAUAGAGGAGACCAGGAUAUGGCAGGAGAACAUCUCUCUCAAAGAUCUUCAACAUAAAGGAGUUUGCCUGCUGAAGUUGCAGAUAGGAAGUCAGUCCACAGGCCUGUACGGUCGCACAGUCGUCGUCCUUGAACCAAGAAAGCAUCUUGGUUUCUUGGCUCUGCCAAGCAACAGCUUUGGACCCGGGGACAUAGUUGGGUUGUAUGACACUGGUGGAUGCACCCCAGCCUCUCAGAUCGGCACAGGAAUAGUGACGAGGGUCAGCCAAGUUUCUAUAAGUGUGGCCUUCGACGAUUCAAAUGAUGGCCUCAGCUUUGAUACGGGUGCGCUUCACAACCUCCUAAAGUUGGCAAAUGACGUCACAUACAAACGGAUGAAAAGUGCCUUGAAUACAUUGAAUGGAUACAGCAAUGGACCAGCUGCCAAUCUGAUAAAUGUUCUUUUUGGGGACUCACAACCAUCCUCGCAAUCACAGCCAAAUAAAGUACAAUUCUUUAACUCGAACCUGGACGAUUCUCAGAGAGAAGCUGUGUCCUUUACGCUGUCUCAGAGAGAACUGGCUGUGAUUCAUGGACCACCAGGCACCGGGAAAACCACCACAGUGGUGGAGAUCAUCUUGCAAGCAGUAAAACAGGGACAAAAGGUACUUUGCUGUGCGCCCUCUAACGUGGCUGUGGAUAAUUUGGUGGAGAGGUUAGCCCGGUCCAAGGCAAAGGUCCUCAGGCUGGGUCACCCUGCCAGACUUCUGGAGUCUAUACAGAAACAUUCUCUAGACGCCAUCCUUGCACAGAGUGACAACGCAAACAUCAUCGCUGACAUCCGAAAGGACAUCGAUAAAGCAUUUAUUGGAAUAAAGAAAAUGCGUGAUAAAGGACAGCGGGUGAACUACAAAAGAGAAAUAGGGGAGCUUAGAAAAGAGCUGAAAACAAGGGAAGCAACAGCCAUAACGCAGAUCCUAAAAAGAGCCGAUGUUGUGUUAUCAACCAACACAGGUGCUUCUGGCAGUGGUCCUCUGAAGUUCCUGCCAGCGGAGCAUUUUGAUUUGGUGGUGAUAGACGAGUGCGCUCAGGCGCUGGAGAGCAGCUGUUGGAUCGCCCUGCUCCAAGCACGCAAGUGCAUUCUGGCUGGAGACUACAAGCAGUUACCACCUACUAUCAAAUCACAAAUGGCUGCAUCUAAAGGCCUGUCACUCAGUCUCAUGGAGAGACUUAUCCAGAUGUACGGGGACUCAGUGGUCCGGAUGCUCACAGUUCAGUACCGCAUGAACAGUGCCAUCAUGGACUGGGCCUCCAAAGAGAUGUACCAGGGAAGACUAACCGCUCACAGCUCUGUAGAGAGACACCUGUUAAAGGAUUUACCAGGAGUCGCCUGUGUUGAAGAGACCAGCACGCCACUUCUCCUCAUUGACACUGCGGGCUGCGGCCUGAGCGAGAUGGAGGUCACAGAUGAGCAGUCCAAAGGCAAUCAGGGUGAGGUCGACAUUGUUGAACUGCACAUAACGGCCUUGACUGAAGCUGGAGUUAAAGCUAAAGACAUCGCUGUUAUUGCUCCAUACAAUCUACAAGUCGAUCUUCUGCGUCAGAAACUUUCUGCGAGGCAUCCGGAGCUGGAGAUCAAGUCUGUGGAUGGAUUUCAAGGCAGAGAGAAAGAGGCUGUGGUGUUGUCGUUAGUUCGGUCCAACAGAAAGGGGGAAGUUGGAUUCCUGGCAGAGGACAGAAGGAUCAACGUGGCCGUUACACGUGCGAGACGUCACAUCGCUGUUGUGUGCGACACUCAGACUGUCCAGACUCAUGCUUUCCUGAAGUCCCUGAUCAAGCAUAUGACUGAGUUUGGCGAGGUCAGAACAGCAUUUGAGUACAUGCAAGACCUCGUGCCACAGAACUACACCCGUGACCACAAAGACACAAAGGCUAAUACGUCUGCCAGCAGCUCCACAUCCACCAAACAGAAGGUGAAAGAUCAGCCUCCGAGCCGGGCGAAGCCACAACACGAGAAGUGUCCUGGUGGCAGCAGUAAUGAACAUGCUGCUGCGACACAGAAGCACACAAAGUCAGUGACCGAGGAAGAGCAGGACAUGACCAGAUGUGCUGAGAUCAGAGUGCAGGUGGAGAGCUUUCGAAAGGACUUAAGUCAGAAAGAACUACAGUUCCCAUCAUCAUUUAACUCUCAUGACCGCCUGCUGGUCCACCAGAUCGCUGAGGAGCUGGGCCUCGUGCAUGAGAGUAAAGGUGAGGGUAAAGACAGGUGUAUCAUGGUGACCAGGCCUCUGGUGUCAACACCGGCUGAGAGGCCAACACAAGCAGAAGAAGAAGAAGAAGAUGAUGAUGAUGAUGAUGAUGAAGAACCUCAGGAAAACGAAACAAUCCCCAACCCCCAAAGUGAGCCGCUGUGUCAGCCUCCAUUAGACCUGAAAAGUUUACAUUUGGAUCGAAUGAAGAGGGAGCAGCAGAAGAGGGAAGAACAUGCUCAACAAAAACAGCAACAGAACAACAUCCCACCCGCGUUGGCCCAGUCGUCAAAGAAGCCCAAGUCUGCUAAAGGAAAGAGCCGAGUGAAGCCCGGCGCUUGUGGCAUCGCUGCUGCUGCCGCUCCGGAUGAGGACUUUGACACGCUCCUCGACGCCGUCAUCAAGGCUGAGCGCGUGUGCAGCUUCGUCAGGUGCAAAGCGUCUGUGCUGAUGCUCGGACAGCUUUGCCUGUUCUGCAACAGGCAGUAUUGUCUCGGGCAUCAUAUCCCGGAGGUCCACGGCUGUGGAGAUAAAGCCAAGUCUCAUGCUCGGAUGAGAAUAAGCAAAGAAGGCGUUCUGUACGCAGGAAGUGGGAAGAAAGACAAAUCCAUGGACCCCAAUAAGAAAGCCUAUCUACAAAGGAAAUUGGACUCUAAAUUGAAAGCUAUGUCAUCACAGAGGAAACCCAAAAACAAAGAAUGACAGAUAAGGCGAGCAAACAAACUUUGUAAAUUCCCAUAACUAGAGACUUUAUUGUGAACAAUUAAACCAUAAAAAAGUUUGAAAACGUCUUGUUUGAUCAAAUUUACAUAUUAUAAUCUGUGUUGCCUUUCCAACAUUCAUACAGUAUGGUUUCAUACAAUGUGCUACUAAAUCUCAUGAAAUACA